CGUUGCUAACAUACGCUUGAGGCGCAGAACGCAGUCCCGCUAUCUCCUUCCUGAGCCUCACAUCACUCUCUUUCAGCAAUCACUACACUUUCACUCUGGGUAACCAUUACUAUCUUCUUUAUAUUAACCCCAUCCCUCCACGCCCACACCUCACACUUUCCACACAAGGAGACAAUUACAGUUGCACAAAAUGGAUCCGCCUUUGGUAAAUGAGGCGUCGUUUACCGCCGCCGCGAACCCCAAUUCGUACAGUUUGGCGGGGCUGCUUUCCUUCUCCGGCAGCGGCGGGCUGGGGCUCAGAAUGGGGAACUUGGGGCGCAGCGGCGGAGGAGACGCGUCUCUCGAGGAAUCGACGGUUACGGAGCAGAGCGGGAGCGGGAAUGGCGGUGGCCCGAAGCGGAGGAGGGAUGUUGGGAGCUCUUUUGAUGACGACUCCUCCAAAAUUGUCUCCACCAGCAGUGCUAAUCAGGACGUGACUGAUUCGAAUGCCAAACGAGCAAAGGUAUUUGAUUCCGGAGAUCAAUUGAAAACGGAAACAGAAACACAUUCGGGGAGCAGCAAGCCUGUUGAGGAGAAAAGUAAACCCGAACCGCCUAAAGACUAUAUUCAUGUUAGAGCAAGACGGGGUCAAGCUACUGAUAGCCACAGUUUAGCUGAAAGAGCUCGGAGGGAAAAGAUCAGCGAAAGGAUGAAAAUCCUGCAAGAUUUGGUACCGGGAUGUAAUAAGGUUAUCGGAAAAGCUCUUGUUCUUGAUGAAAUAAUUAAUUACAUCCAGUCCCUACAGCGUCAAGUUGAGUUUUUGUCGAUGAAGCUUGAAGCAGUUAACUCGAGGUUGAGUCCCACAUUAGAAGGGUUUCCCUCCAAAGAUCUAGCAGGACCUGCAUUUGAUGCCAACGGGAUGAUAUAUGGGCCACAAACACCGGGAGUGUACGCCAGAGGAUCGCAGGCGGAGUGGCUUCACAUGCAGGUUGGAGGUGGUUUUGAAAGAUCAACAUGACAGAGCAGAUGUAGCAUAUUCUUGAAUGGAACCAGGUCCAAUUCAAUAUCAUCAUUUUAUAUAGAUUAUUGACCUCUUUAUCUGUUUCUGGAUGUACAAGAAUAGGUUCUUUAUUAGAUAUUGUAAUCAUUGUAUGUUAGUAAGCACGUGUAACUUAUUUAUAAGAAUUGUCUUAAACUUGUAAUUCCUCAAUUUGUUUGUGAAAAUAGAUCUAUCUUCUUACAUGAAACAUUGUAAAAAUUUCACAUUUUGUAGUGACAUGGAUGUUGGAACCAAA